AUGAAGGUCAUUGACAAGAUUACUAAAGCUGAAAACGAAGGACGUACUUACUGGUCCUUUGAAUACUUUCCUCCAAAGACAGAAAUGGGUGUUCAAAACUUGUAUGAUCGUAUGGAGAGAAUGCAGCGUUUUGGCCCGGAGUUUGUGGAUGUCACUUGGGGUGCUGGUGGCACUUCGGCUGAUUUGACCAUGGAUAUCGUUGCUACCUCACAGUCUGUCUAUGGUUUAGAGACAAUGAUGCAUUUAACAUGUACAAACAUGCCGGUGGAGAGCAUUGAUACAGCUUUAAAGGCUGCCAAGGCUUGUGGAUGUCAAAAUAUCCUGGCAUUGCGCGGUGAUCCCCCUAAAGGCCAGCUCAAUUGGGAGUCCUGUGAGAAUGGCUUCAACCAUGCUGUGGAUUUGGUGCGCUACAUCAGAAAGAACUAUGGCGACUACUUUUGUAUUGCUGUUGCAGGACAUCCUGAAGGUCAUAUUGACAACGAGGACAAGGAAGACGAUUUGUUGCGAUUAAAGGAAAAGGUGGACGCAGGUGCCGACCUGAUUGUGACCCAAUUGUUCUUUGACGUGGAUGUGUUUGUUCAGUUCGUGAGACGCUGCAGAGACAUCGGCAUCACAUGUCCCAUUUUACCUGGCAUCUUCCCUAUCCAAAGCUAUGCAGGUUUGAAGCGCGUCAUUUCAUUCAACAACAAUGCGGUCCCACAAAAGAUUUGGGAUGACCUUGAAUCCAUCAAGGACGAUGAUCAAGCUGUCAAGGAUUACGGCAUUGAUUUAGCUGUCGAAUACGUGCACCAAAUCAAACAGCAGACUGGUAUCAACGGCUUCCACAUUUACACAUUCAAUCUCGAGAGAUCUUCAAGACUCAUUUUGGAAAAGUUGGGCUUGGUGCCCGAGCAGGAGCAUGUCAAGCCAUUGCCCUGGAAUCCAUCUCUCGGUCCCAAUCGUACCAAGGAAACUGUGCGUCCUAUCUUUUGGAAGAACCGCGCACAAAGUUACAUUCAACGCACAGAGUCAUGGGAUGAGUUUCCUAACGGUCGUUGGGGUGAUGCUCGUUCUCCUGCCUUUGGCGAAUUCGACCGUUGGGGUGUAUCCAUCAAAUACCCUGUGGAGAAGCGUUUGGCAAUGUGGGGCGAACCUCAAUCUCCUGAUGAUAUUGCACUUUUGUUUGCUAAAUACUGUAAGGGAAGGCUGGAGGGACUUCCUUGGAGUGCACAGAAAUUGGAACCCGAGACAGAUACCAUCAAGCAGCGUUUAGCAGCCAUCAACUUGUUGGGCUACUUGACCAUCAACUCACAACCCGCUGUCAAUGGUGCCAAGAGCAAUCACCCUGUUUAUGGCUGGGGUCCCAAGAACGGCUAUGUGUAUCAAAAGGCCUACAUUGAAUUCUUUAUUCCUCCCAGCAAAUUAGACGAGUUGGUGCAAAAGAUUGGAGCAGACCCUGAAGUGACUUAUUUCGCUGUCAACAAGAAUGGUGAUUUGAGAACAAAUACAGUAGACGAUGAACCAAAUGCUGUUACGUGGGGUGUCUUUCCUGGUAAAGAAAUUGUUCAACCCACCAUUGUUGAGCCUACUGCAUUCAUGGCUUGGAAAGAUGAAGCUUUUGGUCUGUGGAAUGAAUGGGCUCACACAUACGAUCGCCAAAGCUUGUCUGCUGAAGUCAUUUUGGGUAUUUACGAGAACUGGUAUUUGGUUAAUAUUGUGCACAACGAUUUCCAAGAUGAAAAUGGUAUCUGGCGUCUUUUUGAUUUAGAAAUUGAUGGUGAUUUAUCAAAGAAGUUGAGACGCGGAUCAGGCUCACUUUAA